AUGCAUCAGCGAAAUAUUCCGGCUUUGUUGAUCAACUCGUACAUCUUCUGUGGUGAAGGUGUGCUCAUCCUGGUCAUGGAUGUUCCAUUUGUAUUAGUAAUUUUACUAUUCCAACGAUUUCGGAAGCGUAAAGAAUUUCUGUUCAUUGCCGGUGUGACUAUUGGGGAUCUUAUCUACACCGUUGGCUACAUGUCUGUCUCAAUUCGACGAAUUCUCACAUCUGGAAGUUAUGACGGUGAGAUGACUUUAUUUACUGCAAUAGAUCGUCUUAUCGCUACUAUCCAUCCUGUGUGGCAUUUCAAGCAGGGCUUCUGGUAUCCGGCAAUUAUGUGUCUCAGUAAGUUGAUCAACGUCAAGAAGGUAUAUCUCGGGCGUUCUAUGAACAUGGAAAAUGAUUUGAAGGAAGAACUGAAUAGAAGAAUGAGAGCAGCAUGGACAGCAUUCGCAGCCGUCAGGGAAGCUACGGACCAACUGGCGGACCAAGAUCUUCGUGCCCAUCUGUUCGACUCGACACUUCUUCCAGCGCUCUGUUACGCAGCAGAGACAAGUGGAGACCUUGUCUCUGCAAUGUGCUUUGACUCCUUCUAUCCGCCUUUUCGUAUUCCCCUGUUUAUUCAUCGUUGGGGAUGCAUUAUAUUGUCAGCCCUUAUAUACAUUAUCGUUUCCUUAUUACUUUACAAGAAAUUUGCUCGAAACGUCGUAAAAUUUCGAGGUACACAACCGAACGUGCAGCAAAAGAAAAAUCUUAUAAAUGCUACUAUUACAAUGGGUCUAUCUACGCUGAAUGCUCUUUUGUUUAUGUUUAUCCCUGACGUGUUGCUAUUCAUUCGUAUAUCCAAAGCCCACUUGGCGUUCCUCAUUUUGUAUUCACUCAUGUUAAACAGGAUCAUGUUCAACUUCGUUCUUUUUGUGAUACGACACCGUGAGUUCCGACGUAUUUUCACCAGUAUAUUCUGCUCGAAACGACGAACUGUGAAUGUUGCUACUGUCUUGAGCAAUGUACUACAGUUUCUUGUGCUAGUCCAUCCCUCCUGGAUAGGCAGCGAUGAAGGAGGUUAUUUCGGCUUGUACAACUACUGCAUCACAAUGGAAUGCACGUGGAAUAUGUUUGAGACUCGUACGUUGACCACUUCUUUCGAACUUUCUGCUCUUCUAGUUUUAAUAGCAACGAUUCUCAGCUCAUUUGCAGUGUUUUCGAUAUUCUCUUAUCGAUGUUGGCUGGUUGCCUCAUCUUUCCUUAUGGAUGGGACCAUCCUCGAGUACGAGAGAUCUGUACAAUCUAGGACUCUGUCAGCUUCGAUGGCCGUUUAUACUCGCGUUGAUAUUGGUAGUAGAUCAGAUGACACUGUCAAUGCUUGGAUUUGCACUGACUCUAAAAAGGCCACCCAAGAUGCAGGAACUCCAUCACAUUUCAGCACCUGUCAGAACAGUUACGCAGCCUGUGCCAAGACCUCGGAAGCUUUCGUUGCAGGAGUCCUACUACUCAAAGCGUGA